AUGGCCACCACCGAGGCUGGGGUGCUCGCCACGAUAUGGGUCCUCUUCGUCUUCUCUACAAGCUUCCUCAGCCUACGCCUCUGGUGCCGCCAUCACUACGCCGCGGGCUUCUGGUGGGACGACCACGUCCUGGUAGCCGGCUGGGGGUUCAUAAUCGCGGCUAACGUCUCCGCCUCCGUCUACCUCGCCGCAAAGCCUGACGAUGGGAAUUUCAGCAUCCUCUUCGCCAAGGUUGCCGCCGCAAUCGCGUGCGCCUUCACCAAGACCGCUUUCUGCGUUACGAUCUUGAGGUUGCUGAAUCCGGGACACCAUCCGGCUUGGAAAUGGCUGGUUUGGUAUCUUAUGGUAUCAUUCAAUAUGGCAACAAUUAUGUUGAUCAUUCGACAGUGGGCCAGGAUGUGCGCAUCAAAUUAUGAGGAGGGCGAUGUGCGUUUGACGAAUCCGCUGGGCAGAGGCCAUUGUUGGCCAAAUGAGGUUGUUCGCGGAAUCGCAGACUUUUAUAUGGCCUACUCAGCGGUGACGGACUUCAUUCUGUCUCUUGUCCCGUUACAGUUGAUCUGUCGCCUUCGGCUCAGUCCCGCGGAGAAAGCUGGAGCCGCUACGGCCUUGGGUUGUGGAGUCUUGGUUUCCAUUGUGCCGCUUUGCAAGCUUGUAGUUUCUCAGCGAAUGCGAGGUACCACAGGUUUUUCGACCUGGUUCACUGUCUCAAUGGGUCUUGACAUCAUCGAGCCUCUCUUGACUAUCGUUGCACAAUCGAUCCCCAUUCUCCGCGUGCUCGUUCGGGAUAAAGCCACGGGAUACGAGAGCUCGAGAUACGUGACGAAUUUGAAGUCAAGAGCGGGGCGCUAUACUCCGAGCCUCAGCAAAUCCCGGUCUGGACUGCCCAAGCUGGACAUUAGACCAGUGGGACUUGAUGAGAACUGGGAGCAACUACCAAGCCCAGCUGGGCAGAGCUGUCGACGCCGCAGUGUUGUUGCAUUGUAUGAGAUGGAGCCUGUCCGGCCACAUCCGGCUGUGUCGAGUGUGCUGGGGACACAGUACGGUGAUUUGAAAGAAGAGUGGGCGAGUUGA